CACAGUUGAUAAUAAAAGAGGAUGAAGUAGAAGAUUCCAAGCAGUUUGGCGCUAUUAGCAAAAAUCGAACAAUUAUUUUUAAGCAGCGAAAGAAAACACAGAAGAGCAAGAUGUUGUGACAACACAUUUACAAUCUGCGAGCAUCAUGUAUGUGAGCUCUCUCUUGGAUAAAGAGACCAGCAUGUAUCCAGGACCUGCAAGGUGCAGCAACAACAACCUGCCAGUGCAGAACUUUGUGCCUGCUCCCCCCUACUCAGACUACAUGGGGUAUCACCACGUGCCAGCUCCAGACAGCCACGGACAGCCCGCAGGAGCCUGGGGACCCCACUACGGCCCCCAGAGGGAGGACUGGAACGCUUACGGCCCGUGCCCAGGGCCCUCCGGCACUGCUGCUGCCGCACAGCUCAGCGGCUCGUCUCCUGGGCAGGGCUCCUACAGCCCAGCUGAGUACAGCUCCCUCCAUCCCGCUGCACCCGGGGGGUUACCUCCUGCAGGUACCGUUAGUGCACAGCAGGUCUCCCCCACCAGCCAAAGGCACAGCUCUUACGAAUGGAUGAGGAAAACGGUGCAAAAUAACACAACUGGUAAAACAAGAACAAAAGAGAAGUACCGGGUUGUUUACACAGACCAUCAGAGACUAGAAUUAGAGAAGGAAUUUCACUGCAACAGAUAUAUUACAAUAAGGAGAAAAUCAGAACUUGCAGCAAACCUUGGACUAUCUGAAAGACAGGUGAAAAUCUGGUUCCAGAAUCGCCGAGCCAAAGAAAGAAAAAUAAUCAAGAAGAAAAUCUCUCAGUUUGAUGGCAGUGGGGGCUCAGUUCAGAGCGACUCUGGUUCACUCAGCCCAAAUGAAAUAACAAGUUCCCUGUUCCCACCGCCGCAUGGAAUAAAUGUAUUACAGUCUACUGACAUUCAUCAGGUCAUAGUUUCAGAAUGAACGGUGAGGGGAAAAGAAAAAAAGAAAGAGGUGUUUUUUUUUUUUUUUUUAAACUCCCUCUCUUGAAAACUCAACUUUGCAAAGGACCAUUCUUAUUUAACUACCUUCAGAGUACUUAUUUCUGUGUAGAGGACCUGAUACUAUUACCAAAAUAUUUCAA